AAACAAUGGCCCAGGUCCGUAAUCUAGUACGGCCUUGUAGAGGAACUCCAUCAUGCUUCACUGACGUUUGUUCGUCCUCCGUCGCCUGCCGUUAGAUCACAAAUCAACCACGCCUCCCUCGAAAUCCGUUCUCUCUCUCUCUCUCUCUCUCUCUGUGAUCAAAUUGAUCAAUCUCUUAGACAAGGUAACCGAAGAAAAGCAGUUCAGACCUUGCGGGGUCCAAUUCUGUUUCCGUACGACGAAAAGAGUACAUAAUGGCGAGCAUUGAUGGUGUACAUGACUUUCUAUACGGUGAUAGGGGUUCUGAUGAUGAAACCGUAGAAAACUCUGAUGAACUUAAAGGCACAGAAGAUGGGCUAUUGCAGCAUUGUAAUUCAAACACUGUUGUGAAUGAUCACAUUAGUCUAAUAGAACCGUCAACAGCAGGUUUAAGUGCAGAAAGCUUGGAACCAUAUACGGGGAUGACUUUCCCAUCAUUAGAUGAUGCAAGGGAUUUCUAUUAUGAUUAUGCCAAGUGUAUGGGUUUCACCAUAAGAACGAAUCGGAUCAGACACUCGCUAAAGAACAUGGCUAUAAUAGGGCGGGACUUUGUUUGUUCAAGAGAAGGUUUCCGUGCUGCAAAGCAUACCCUGAGAAAAGACAGAGUUCUUCCUCCGCGGCCAAUUACAAGAGAAGGGUGCAAAGCGAUGAUCAGGUUGGCAGCAAGGGAUGAAAGUACAUGGGUUGUUACCAAGUUUGUACGAGAGCACAACCACAAGCUAAUGACUCAUUGUAAAUUUCCUGGUGAACUGCCAAUCGUAAAUAUACUUAGUGAGGAAGAGAAGGAUAAAAAGAUCCAGGAUCUAUAUGAUGAGGUUCAGCAUGAAAGAGUGCGAUCUUCAGCACUCCGACAACAGCUAUACUUGAUUCUCAAAGAUCUUGAGGAUCAUGCUCAAUUCAUGUCUUUGAGAGUUGAAGAUAUAGUUAACAGCAUGAGAGAAAUUGAACUUAAUGAUGUAUAGUUUCAACUUUCAAGCCACUGACAGAUGAGUCGUUUAAAACCAAAAUUUAACCCUUUUACCAGUUGAGAUCCUGUGACUCAGUGCCACCUGAAGCUUGGUACUGAUCGUUUUGUUUGUAACAUGAAAGAAGAAAUAAAAUACAUUGCAGGUCUCCUAGCAAAAAAGAAAUGCAUGCUGCUGACUUCUCUAAUGAUUUCCAAUCCAGUAAAGUCCAGUUUCAGUUCAAUCA